UCGGAGAAGACAGGAUUCGCUACGAGAGGCUGCUUUUUGGGGAAAUGGAUUCUCUUCACGCUGGACGCACAGCGGAGAUCAGUGCUCUACGUCGGAAAAGUAGGUCGGGAAAGUAGGUUGGGAAAGCCUUGAAUUGCGCGGCUCGUCGGCACCGACAAGUAGGUCGGCAUUGGAAACCGUCGCAGGCGACAAUGGAAGCUCAGUAGGGGACCUCGUGUAACUGCAAUUCGAUAUUAACUGUCCGACGUCCCUGAAUAGCCUGCGUUUUAGGCGCCUCAAAAGCUCUUUAGGGGUCGCGUAUUUGCAAUCCGAUAAGUAUCUGACGUCCUUCAAUAGCGUGGUGGCUUUUGAGUCGACUCAAAAGUCAACUGCAAUCCGAUAAGAAUCUCAGGUCCCUGAAUACCCUGCGCGUAUAACGCGUCUCAAAUGGAUAGCAGGAGUCUCGCCAGGAAAGGAUACGCCGCGGUUGCAACCCCCAGCCGCGACACGUCAGCACAGGCACAGACUAACGCCACGUCAGCACAGUCGCAGAAUAACGGCGACGCGGCGCGGGUGGUGUACCAGCUCGGCCUGCAGCUGCUGCUGAGCGGCGAUCCCGGCAAGGCAGCGCGAUGCUUCCAGGAGGUUUCCCGCACCUUCUGUGACUGGCCGCUGCUGUGGCUGCGGCUGGCGGAAUGCUGCAUUCUGGCGCACCGGCAGCAGCAGCAGGAGGGGGAGGGGGAGGAGGAGGAGGAGCGCUUAUCCCGGCCCAGCAGCAUGGCGGUUACUGUAAUGAGCGCCAGGAACGAGGACACGUGGCAGUACGUCCUGCUGCCAGCUGGCACGCGCGGCGACGGACUCCAAGACAUGCCAGAUUCGGGGAUUUUCACGGACAGGCGCGCUAACGGUGUCCGUACAGUCAAAUCAACGGCUCUCGACGGUGCUGGUCCUGGUGAAUCGACGGCCCUCAGUGGGCUUGCUGACUUGAUGGAGAGGCGAACGGGAGGGGAGGGGGGAGGGAGAGGGAAGCAAGGCGGUGCAAAGGAGACAGCCAGAGAGAAAGGUAAAGAGAGAAAGGAGUCAGGGAGCAUCACAGGAUCCGGUCUUCCAUCGCAGGAGUCAGGGAGCGGUGCAGGUGGAUCCGGUCUUCCAUUCUCGCUGUCUCUGGCGUCCUCACUCGGCCUGGACUCCCUUCCCUUGGCGUGCAUGUGUCUGAAAAACGCCGUCCACCUGCUCCUCGCAAACCCUGCUGAUAGCAGCACUACCAGCACCAUCAUCGCAAGCAGCAGCACUGCCAGUGGCAGCAGCAGCAGCAGCCAGACGCCUUUCUCCCCUCCCCCUCUCUCCCCCGCCGCUCACCACCGCGUGCUCCUCUCAGCCCUGUGCCAGCUCGCCUGGGUCGAGCUCUCCCUUCUCAACUGCCUCGCCUGCCUCACUGCCGCCCAGCACGCGCUCUCUAUUCUGGACAGCCGCAGCAGCAACCCCCCCCACGCACCCCUUACCCCUCACACCACUGCUUCAACCCCGUCUCAAGCCGGUCUCCUGCGAAUUUAUGCAGCAGAGGCGCUUUGCCACCUGGGCCGGCCUGGGGAAGCAAUGAGCUUUCUCUCCGAGUGCCUUGUCGAGCUCCUGGAAGCUUUCCCUGCAGGGUCAACAUCAGGAGCAGCAGGAGGAGCUGGAGCAGGGGGGGAGUGGAGGGAGUGCGUGUAUGUGGAUCUGGCAGCCCUGCAUGCGAUGAAGGGGGACGUGGCAGAGGCUCGGGUGUGUGCUGAAAAGGCAGGGGGAGGAGGGACGGGAAGAGGGGCGGGAGGAGGGGAUGAGGCAGGGGGGGGUGAUGUGACACGUGCUGGUGGCAUGGCCUCAGUGGUGCUUGCUUACCUGAAUUUGAAGGAGGCUGUAGAGGCUGGUGCGGGGGGAAGAACUGGACAUGGUGAUGCGGGGGUGAAUGCUGGGCACUGGGAGGAGAGGUGCGACCUGGUGCUGCGGCUGUUGCAGCAGUCCAAAAUGGUGUGGUUUAAGGUGUGCAGCCAUGAUCGCAUGGGUGCUUGAGGGUGCCUCUAGACUAGACUUGAUGGCACAUGAGGGUAUGUGGGUUCUUGAGGAUUGCCCCUUGCGAAUGCUCGGUGCAGUGUGUGUCUCGUGCCGGUGCUACUAGUUGUUGCAUCCGCGAGAUAUGGCUAAACCAAGACUGGUUGGCAAUUUACCAUAGGCAAUUUACAUGUACAGAACCGGAUUACAUUUUUUCGUAUGUGUGUUCUUGUCAUGACCGCACAGGACCAAUAUUUUGUAG